AUGUUUUGUACUGGUCGUAGCCCAACCGGUUCAUGCAUGGUUGUCUAUGUACUUUGUUAUGAAAUAUUGGCCGGUAUUUGCUUGAUACCAGAUGGACAUCCGAAAGUAUUGAGAGCUAUAACGGAAGCUCGUGGAAUCCUUGGAGAAAGGACCAGAUUUCAGCAUCUUGUAGAUGAUAUUUAUCGUACUUAUCGCAACGACCGCGAAACGGAGCGAGUUCGUACUGCUGCAAUGAGCCUCAUCAAUGCUUUGCUUAGCACUGGACCAGCUGAGGUGAAAGUCGCUUUGUUCCCUAUUUUCUUCCAUUCAUUUCAGUUUCUCUUAUUCAUCGCUAUUUGA